AUGGCACCACAGUCUGCAAAACUAUAUAACAUGGAGUACGUCUCUCAUCCAGACGCCGUUGUCCUCGCUGUAUUCGCUGCCCAGUCGGCGGUCGCUGUCAUCCCAGUUGGGGGUCUCUGCGUUGGUAUUGCUGGCCCAGUGAACGACACCUGUGUGGAAGGGAGUAUCUGUUGCAACGUUUCGCCCGAUAGGUCUUUGUGCACUCAAGUUGAAGAGGGAGCAGAAUGCCCUCCCAAGGUCAUCGAAGAAAACGGAUUAUGCGCUGGGAUCGCAGGACCCUCCGAGUACCCUUGCAUCCCCGGUACUGUUUGCUGCAAUAUUAGCCCUGAUAAUUCUCACACCCGUAUUAAAGUUGAAUACGAACUGCUUCCCAAGAACCCAUUUGAAGUUAGCAGGGUCAUUGCUGAAUUGAUCCGCCAAACCCCCAUGUUCCUAUACGAGUCAGCCUUCUUCACUCCUGCCAUAAAGCAGAACAAGGAUGAGCACCCCACACCGGAUUAA